AUGACCGAUUCCGGGAUAGAAUCUCCUGCCGCACCGGAAUGGUUGCUGAAACUCGAAAGCCGCCGAGAACAGAUUAAAGCGAAGCUUAGCCAUGAAAGCGGCAAUGGGGCACCUUGCAACGUGUGCGGAAGUUCUUGUCCGGGGUUGGAUUUACACUUCUGGCGUAAAAUCUGCCGUAACUGCAAAUGCCGCAAAGAGCAGCAUGAUUGCAUCGAUGAUGAUGUUAGUGGAUGGGCUCAGUUUGAAAUUUUGGGUGCCAUCCGUUCCAAGCCGGCAUACAUUCGCAUAUCGGAGCUAACCGACAAGCCGGUACAGUUGGCUUGGGUACCUCCGAACGUAACACCGGAACUGGCCUCGGAUUAUAUGCGUACGCUGGGUCAGCAGAACAUCCCGAUCGUUGGUAGUGAGGCGGCUGAAAAGCGUAAACAGCAGCUAGAAUAUCAAGUACCAGCGCACGAUCUCGACACGAACCUGUGCCAUAAUCUAACGCCGUACGAAGCCGGCCAGCUGAGUGACUAUGUGGAGAAGAUCAAAACGCACUGCGUUGGUCAGGGUACGGUAAUGCGUGUUGGGGGUGAUACGGCUGGUAUGUUGCAGUAUGGCACGGUGGUGCAACAGCCAACAGCGCAAACAGCUGGAAUGGCCACUAACAAUAUGACCGCUGUGAGCAAGGACUCGAAACGUCCUGACUAUAUGGAAAGUGGUGUGCUUUCUGACAAGAUGAAGUACAAAUUGAACCUGAUGGGAAUCAGCAGCUCGGAGAUGGUGGCUCAAGCAAUGCUGUACGAUCCGGCUACCGUGCUCAGCGGGGCGGAUAAGAGUAUACCGGAAGCCAUCGUGAAAUUCCACCAGGAAUACCAAGCGAAUCCAAAAUUUCGCGCCGAAAUGGAUCAUUUCAAGGAUCGCUUACAGUUCCCGAGUCGUCAAAUGGUCGACAACGAAUCGGUGCCAUAUGGUGAGAGUUCAACGAAUACGCACGGUGGUGCUUCGAUCGUACCGUCUGGCAGUAAUGAUUCCGGCUUCAGUUCUAUUCCGGUUAGUCCGCGCGAGGACGGCCCAUCACACGCUCAAUUGAUCGGUCCAUUGGAAACGAUGGGAUUGGGUGGUGAAAGUAUGCCACCAGCGCAACAAGCAGUGCGUGAUGCAGUUGCCAUGACAGCGCAUCGAUGCACGGGUUGUACACUUCCGAUCGUAGUUGGCGAAGUUGCAGUAAAGGUGGAUCGUGCAAGUAACAGUGAUCUAUCCAUCUGGCACCCGCAGUGCUUCAAGUGUAACCGGUGCGGUGAACUGUUGGCCGAUCUCGUAUACUUCUAUCACGGUGGUGCUGUGUACUGUGGGCGAGAUUUGGCAGCAAUCCUGAAAAUACCACGCUGUGCGGCUUGUGAUGAGCUUAUCUUCACCAAGGAGUACACGGCCGCCGAAGGGGCAACGUUCCACGUGCGCCAUUUUUGUUGUUACCAUUGCGAUGGUCCACUGGCCGGGCAGCAGUACGUGAUGGAUGAAAAAUCGGCUCAACCGCUUUGUUUACCGUGCUACAAGGGGCACUACGCGCAGACCUGUGCGACGUGCAAUCGGUGCAUCGGACCGACGGAACAGGGAGUCGGUUGGGACAAAAUUCACUGGCACAAGGAAUGCUUCCUGUGCAGUGGUAAACACUGCCAAAAGUCACUCAUUGGUGGGCGUUUCUGUGUGAAAGCGAACCGUCCGUACUGCAGUGCACAGUGUACGAAAGAUAUCUAG